UGCAAAGUAGGAGGGGCUAAGGAUACGGUCGCGGAGGAGAGGCGGAGACUGGAGAGUAACUAGUGUGUGUUGUAGCGAGAUGCUCAGAUAGCAGAUAGGCGCUCUCAUAGCGUUCUGUGGAGUCCAAGGAAUCGACCAUCGCUGCUCAGCUUUUUCCCGCAGCAGGGGAUUUACUCGUAGCGCCCGGGGGACGGUACAUAUGGAACUAUAGGAAAGAACCCCUAUCGCCUGCUUACAGUGAGAUCUCCCCCGCCAGUUGUGCGGCAGCCUCUGGAUUAGCGGACUCGCAGCAGGGGGGGAAAUUGCUGGAUAUUAUAGAAAAAGGUGACGUUUGGUGCUGAGGGAUCGGGCGAACCCAAGACUGGGAUCCCUGGGGCAGACUUCCAAAGGAAGAGGUCGUGCUUUGAACAUCGGGGCAAUGUUUCCCAGCUGCUGCUUUGUUCUGGCACUGCUGUUCCAAGCUGAGGCCUGGGAAUGGGGCCUGACUCCGAGGAAAACCGUGCGCUACCAUGGAGUAUCUGAGGUGAGACAGUCCUGGCUCAGCGGCGUCUCCCAAGUCAUGACACUGAAGUUGGAUGAGAAUCGGGGGGCUCUGUAUGUGGGCGCAAGAGAAGUCAUAUUUAGCCUGGACCUCAAUAAUAUCGGAAAAGAGCUGAGGCCUCCGAUUAUAUGGGAAGCUCCAUCAGACAACAAGGCGGAAUGUGCCCAAAAGGGAAAGAGCAAUAAGACAGAAUGUUUUAACUACAUCCGCUUCCUGGAAGAGUACAACCAAACACAUCUCAUCACUUGUGGGACCUAUGCCUUCCAGCCCAAGUGUGCUUAUAUUGAGUUGUCCGGCUUCACGCUGGAUGCAGAUAACGUAGAGGAAGGGAAGGGGAAGGUUCCGUAUGAUCCAGCCAAGGGCCACACUGGCCUCAUUUUAGAUGGUGUCCUGUACUCUGCCACCAUGAACAAUUUUCUUGGAACCGAGCCUGUGAUUCAGCGCAUUGUGGGGCAGCAUAAUAUAAUGAAGACUGAGUAUUUGGCAUCGUGGCUGAAUGAACCAAACUUUGUGAGUUCAGCGCACAUGCCAGAGAGUGUGGCCAGUGAAAUUGGGGAUGAUGAUAAGAUCUACUUCUUUUUUACGGAAAGGGCGCUAGAAUACGACUGCCACAGUGAGCAAGUGGUUUCCAGGGUGGCACGUAUCUGCAAGGGGGAUUUAGGAGGGGCUCGUACUCUGCAGAGGAAGUGGACUAGUUUCCUGAAAGCCCGGUUUCUCUGCUCCAUCCCAGAGCUUCAGCUGAAUUUUAACCUUUUAAAAUCUGUAUUUAAACUCGAGGCUGAAGAGUGGCGCUCCACUCAGUUCUAUGCCACCUUUCAGGCUCGCUGGGGGGAUUCUCCAGUGUCCGCUAUCUGUCAGUAUUCCAUCCAGGACAUCCAGAAGGUCUUUGAUGGACCAUACAAGGAGUACCGUGAGCAGUCCCAGAAGUGGGGUCGAUACUCCGACUCUGUGCCAAGUCCCCGACCUGGAUCAUGUAUCACCAACUGGCACAGAAAUCAAGGUGUGUACAGCUCCCAGGAGCUUCCAGACAACACCCUUAACUUUGUCAAGAAGCAUCCGCUUAUGGACGACUCUGUAAUGCCUACCCGUAGGCGCCCGUUGCUGGUCAGAAGGGGAACAAACUUUACAACCAUUGCAGUGCACAGGACCUUGGGUUUGGAUGGAGAGCCUUAUGAUAUCCUCUUCAUUGGAACAGAGAAUGGUUGGGUAAAUAAAGCUGUGAGCUUUGGAUCGACGGUGCACAUAAUUGAGGAGCUGCAAGUUUUUGACAAAUCCUAUCCUGUGCACAGCUUGGCUCUAUCUGCUCGCAAGUCUCUUCUGUUUGUGGGCUCACAAGCUGGGCUGGUGCAGCUUCCCUUUGCAGACUGCAGUAAAUACCGCUCCUGUGCUGACUGCAUACUCGCUCGUGACCCCUACUGUGCCUGGAAUGUUAACAUUACUCGCUGUGUGCGCGCAGAUGAACGAUACAGGUAUAUACUCCUCCAGGAUGUUCAGUACUCCGACACAUCAGUGUGUGAGGUGCAGAGCUUUAAAGCGGUGAAACCCUUUUUUAAGAACAUUACUGUUGGCAUUGGCUCAAACGUGGUCCUUCCUUGCCAGUUAUCUUCUAACCUGGCACAACCCAUCUGGACAUGCAAUGGGGAAGACCUGGAAAGUGACCAAGACUCUGUGCUGUUUGACACCACUCUCCAGGCACUGGUCUUUCUUGGAGUGGAUACUCAUCAUUCUGGUUAUUACAUCUGUUACUCAGAUGAGCAGGGAACUCGCCUGAUGGCAGAGAGCUACCAGCUAACCGUGUUGGCCUCUCCUUCCCUUAUUCUUGAAUCUCGUGCUCCUUUGGAUGGGCUGGGUCUAGUGUGGAUGAUGGUGAUUGCACUGGGGGCAGUGUGCCUAGCCCUGUUCCUGGCUGUUGUCUACCUGCGCAGGAAGUUAAAGGAUGAACUGGAAAAAGGUUCCAAAUCCAUGGAGAACACGUUGGUGUAUCCUAUCAAACUGCCCUCUCAACCCAAGACUCCUAAGUUCCUGCCUAGUGCAGACUCUGAUGAAAAACUGUGGGAUCCUUCCUCUUUCUACUAUUCUGACGGUUCUCUGAAAAUUGUACCCGGCCAUGCACUGUGCCAGAACAGCACUGGCUCCUCCUCACCUUCUGGAAAUGGUAUCCCAGGGCAGCCUCUUUCUUCACCUCCCCUGCUUUCGCCCAAUCAUAUGCUUUUGGCAGGAGUCCGGGGCUCAAGUAGUAAUGGUUAUAUUCGACUGACCCUCGGCGGGGGUGUGGCUGAGGAGCACCCACAGCUAGGGGAUCUUAAUGAGGAACUUCGGUGGAAACUAAAGCAGAGGCAAACGUUGCCAGACUCCAAUCCAGAGGAAUCCUCUGUUUGACACUGUUUUGUGCCUCUUGCGCAGUUUGCACUGGAAUAACUUUUAUUACAUAUAUAUUUUUUGUUUGUUUUAAACUACCUCAGGAACUAGAGGUGUGGUGAAGGGACAAAGCCAAAAUGAAAGCCCUUGUCCAUCUAUGAACUGAAAAUAUUCGGAAUGAAGACGGACCAAGUUCUCCCAUUGCCUUGGAAAAGUUUGAGGCUUGUUCAGUAUUUCUAAACGUAAGCGUUUGUGGGCGUAAUAAGAGAAGACCUUGCUGAGAAGAUAGGUAAUGCUUUACCUUGCUUGUUUAGUGAGUGAAAUUAAACCAGCCACCAUCCUUCUUCCUGGAGGUUCAGGGUCACAGCAGCAGGAAUGCAUGAGAGACUCCAGGCGCUUACAUACUUUAUCGGACCGUGUUUGCAAGGGAAGGGUUACAAAUAAUCAUUCUCUCCUUCAAGCAGUUCAGUUAAAAAAAAAAAAAAAGUUCUGCAAUAAAUCACUGUUUGUGUAUACUGUUUACAUAUGUACAGAUGAGGCUUAUUCAGAAUGACGUCAGAAGUGACCGAAACCAUCCAUGCUGCUGCCUCGGGGUCUCUGUGUAGGAGGAAGAGGUCUGUGCUCGUUUAAAAUAGAAGAAAAAAAACAAAAAUUGCAGGGAUCUGUUAGAACCAUUAGUACUGUAGUAUUUCUCCAACUUCCACUGAUUUAUUUACCCCCCCCCCUCGUCUUAUUGAGAAGGACGACCACUUCUGUAUGGGCAACAACACAGACUUGCUCAACCCCUGUCUGUCGCUUUUGUAUCGGGUCACACAUUAAAUGACUGCCUCAAUCACGUAUUUUUGCUGCUCUGCGGUUGCCGAGUGUUCGUGUAAAUGUGUUUUUGAAGCAUGACGCACAGGUGUGAGUUUUGGAUAAAUAGACCUCUUUUUAUUUUUAACUGUAUUGCCCUGUAAUUUUUAAGGAAACUCAGCCUGUUCCUUUACCAGUUCUGGGCGACAUUUAAUGAAUUCUUCUUGGGCCAAAUAUUGCGACGUUAUUUUAUGGGCUUUAAUUUGCAAAAAGGAACGGAAUUCUACAGAUGAACUGUGUCUGCCAAAAUGCCCCACACUCCAUCAUGUAUCUGUGUAUGGCCGGAUGGGCAGCCUGGGGUCCUCCACAUGUUUUGGAAAUGUUGGUAAACGGCUGGAGGGUCGCUAGUUGUCCGGCGUUUGUGUAUUCGAUUGGAUAUUGGAAGAUGAUAGAGAUAUCAUACUGUAAAUAAUUUUUGAGUCAUCAGCACUAUAAGAGAAAAUCUUGUGUGUACUGUAAAUAUAUUCAUUUUUUUGUUUUUUCCUGCUCUUAAAAUUUCAUGUGUUGGUAAUUUAUUUACGUUAUAUAUUUAUUUCUGUAAAUAAGUAUUUUUAUAUUAAAGAAAUAAAAAUCAAUUGUUUAAAGAA